AGUCCCCCAUAUUGUGUCUUAUUCCAUAUAUAUAUAUAUAUAUAUAUAUAACACUCUAAUCUAAGUUUCUAGCUAGCAAAGGCAAAGGUGGUGGUUGAAGAUGUGGCGUAUUCUAGCAGCAGUGACAAGAAACCUUAACAACACAAGAAAGAGUUCAAAGGUGGCAGAUGAGAGCAUGUUUGAAGCUGGAAACGCAGUUGAGCUAUUUGGACAUGAAAGGGGAAGAAGACAACAUGGUUGGGGUCUUGUGUGUAGCAUUCUUCAAGCUCCCAUGUCAAUACUCUCGUGUGUUUCUCAUCCUCAGGUUAAUGGGUCAGAUGGGGUUUGGGUGAGUGGUGAAUUUUCACAGAUGUCUGAAAUGAACCAUCUUAUGGUAAGUGACAGCAUGAGAUAUGCAAUUUUGAUGUAG